UCGGGAGUGACGAGCAGUGCUUGGCAAUAUCCUUAUGAAAGUCUGCCAUUUCUUUUGUUUUGCUUUUUUAAAACUAGGUAGCUGUUAGCAUGCUAACAUAGCUAUAGGUUUUUAGGUCGCUAAGUUAUCCAGCUAAAUUAACUGUUUAGGUUUGGUUGCAUUUUAUAUUUUUAAUAAUAUUGUCUUGCAGGUCAAACAUUUUGUUGUGUUUACUCUGAAUAUUUCAGCUGAUUAGUGUUUUUCUCAGUCUGACACUGAAAUAAUGAUCCAUGUUUUACUAGCAGGGUUGAUUUAAUACUACCCAAGAAAGCCUUUGGUCAACUGACCAAGACCAUACGGAGAGCACACCGGUUUUUAAUUCUCUGUGUUUGUUUUCUGUGUGUUUUAGAAUAGAUUUUGAAAGUUUUAGAAUUUAUUUAGACAAUAUUCUUUUAUUAGUCUUUAAAUCACUUCACGAUUGUGCACCCCAAUACAUGACAGACUUGCAGAAUGUACCCAGUAGGUCCCACAGUUCCUCUGGCACUAGCCUUUUAACUAUCCCAAAACCUUGGACCAAGAGGCAGACUUUAGUUACUAUGCCCUCAGCCCCUGGAACAGCCUGCCAGAGAACCUGAGUUUUUAAACUGUGAAACUGUGGGCAUUUUUUAAAGAGAUCUUUAACACCUUUUUAUCUUUGUUUUUCCACAGGGUGCUCUUAGUCUUUUAGUCAUUCAGUUCUUUUAGAUAUAUAUUAUUUUAUUACAUUUCAGCUUUUUAAAUUAUUUUAUUUUAUAUAUUUUUACCACGGAUUAGACUCUUACAGUCCUUGUUCUCUGCAUUUGCAUCCAUGAAGUUUGAUUUGUUAACCCAGUAAGCCUAGUUAGCUAGCUAGGAAUAUUCUGUCCAUAGAAUUAUAAUACAAAAUAGAAUUAAAUAGGAUCUCUAUGGCUCUGUCCAGCUGUGCAUGUCUUGGAAUCUCAACAGCCUAAAAACUCUUGCUUUUUGCUUCAGUUUCCAAAACAAUGUAACCAAAUAACCAGUUACUUGGUCCAUACAGUAUGUGGUCAUGAUGACUUACUGUUUGUAGGUUGUGCAACUGUACUAACUAGCUUAACAUUGUUUCUCUCAAUAAUACCACAUAAGCCUUAUACACGUCUUCCAUUGUUAUUAACAUAUAGCUCCAUUUGAAGUAUUUCACAACAACCUUGAAUAGACAACAGUCUGGAAUAGCUAGUGUGGUUAAAUAUUUGUUGACCAAAUCAUAGCCAAUAUUCUGGUCACUCGGCCUAUUUGUAGUUUCAUCUUCAAGUUCUAGCCUGCCCUAGUGUGUGUCCCUGCCCUCUCAUCAUUGCUGCUGGUUCCUUAAUAGUGAUGCUCAAACUGUAAGAGGACAGGAGGUAAGGCUGUCCGGUCAGAAGGAGCCCAGGCUACUGUCACUGAUUGAGUUCUCUGGGGAGUUUAUGUUAGGUGUUUCGGCUAACCCUGAUACUGUUGUGUCCUGUCUGGUACAUCAGUUGUCCAUACCCAUCAACAGUCAUUUUCAGACUGUGCGAGAGGCCGAAGAAGCGCUGCUCAUUGACUUGCCAUCAAAAACUUGCGUUAGGAUACGGGUCAGAGGGGAGAAAGCCCUGGAGCUGAUUCUGGAGCUCCAGGAUGAUGAGCGCAGCCAGUCCUUCUUCUCCCAGUUGAAGAGAGCCAAGCAGCAAGUCGAGUCCAAAAGCACGCAAAUCAAAGCCAUGGAUCCUAUCAUGCCGGCUCCCCGCAAGGUCUCUGUCCCAGUCCCACCCAUCCCUCCUCAGAGAGGGAUCCACAAAGCUGUCAACUCUCACACCAAGCCCACCGGCGUACCGCCACCGCCUCCCAACCUCAACAACAGCUCUUCAGCCAACCAGACCGGCACAGCUGACAGACAGGACCCAACUCUCUCUCUGGCCAUAGACUUUGGCUUCGAGGACAACUUCAAUAAUUCCCUCAAAGUGGAGGAGAAGAAGAACCAGCAGAAUGGCAUCGGGCCCCCCCGGGAAGCUCCUCCAGUUCCCCCCCUGCCUCCACGUAUAGGCUCCUACACUCCCUCCAAUCCUCUCCCACCCACGCCCAUCCCCACUUCCAAAGACAGAGUUUCGUCCAUACAGGCUAAAGAUGCCGCCUUCAUCACGCCUGCCAAAACAGAUCUUAGUGUUGACCGGCCCACCUCGUGGUGUGACAGCCCCACCACCAACAGCAUGCGGAAUGCCAUGUUCUCCACUCAGGCCAGCCAGAGAGAGUACCUCAUCAAACACCGCCUGGCCAAGAAGGAGAAGGAGUACGUUGACAUCAAGGACUUCAGAUUCUUUUCUGGAACGUGGAAUGUGAAUGGCCAGUCUCCAGACAGCAGUCUAGAGCCCUGGCUGUGUUGUUCGCUAGAACCCCCUGACGUCUACGCUCUGGGUUUCCAGGAGCUGGACCUGAGCACAGAGGCCUUCUUCUAUCUGGACUCCUCUAAGGAGCAGCUGUGGGUAGAGGCUGUGGAGAGAAGUCUGCACCCCAAAGCCAAGUACAAGAUGGUGCGUACCAUUCGACUAGUGGGCAUGAUGCUAGUGGUGUUUGUCAACAAGGUGCACAAGAAUCACAUUAAAGAGGUUGCGGCGGAGCACGUGGGAACUGGCAUCAUGGGGAAAAUGGGCAACAAGGGAGGUGUGGCGGUGCGCUUUGUGUUCCACAACACCAGCUUCUGCUUUGUCAACUCCCACCUGGCGGCCCACGUGGAGGACUUUGAGAGGAGGAACCAGGACUACAAAGACAUCUGUGCCCGCAUGAGCUUCCACCUGCUAGACCACCCUCCCCACAAUAUCGUCAAACACGAUGUAGUGAUCUGGGUAGGAGAUCUGAACUACCGGUUGUUUGUGUACGAUGCAGCUGAGGUCAAACAGCUCAUCUCCCACAACCAACUGAGGAAACUGCAGGAGUAUGACCAGCUGAAUAUCCAGAGACAGAACAAGCGAGCUUUCACAGACUUCAUGGAGGGAGAGAUCAAUUUCAUGCCCACGUACAAGUAUGACGCCAAGACGGACCGCUGGGACUCUAGUGGGAAGUGUCGUGUCCCAGCGUGGUGCGAUCGGAUCCUGUGGAGGGGCAGUAAUGUGAAGCAGCUCCACUACAGGAGUCACAUGGAACUGAAGACCAGCGACCACAAGCCUGUCAGCUCCCUCUUCAGUGUCGGGGUGAAGGUGGUGAACGAGGCACGCCACAAGAAAGUCUUUGAGGAGAUCGUGCGUAUGAUGGACAGGAUGGAGAACGAAUUCCUCCCGUCUCUGGCACUGACCCACAGAGAGUUCACCUUUAAGGACGUCAAGUUCCGCCAGCUGCAGCGGGAGAGUUUUGUGAUCUCUAACGACGGGCAGGUCGCCUGCCACUUUGUCUUCAUCCCCAAGCUCAACGACUUGCAGUACUGCAAGAACUGGCUCCGCGCUGAGCCCAGCGAAGGCUUCCUAGAGCCCAACGAAACUUUAGAGAUCUUCCUGGAUGUGUACGUGAGCAAGGACUCGGUGACGCUGCUCAACUUGGGAGAGGACGCCAUCGAAGACAUCCUGGUGCUGCACCUGGACCGAGGCAAGGACUACUUCAUCACCAUCUCCGGCAACUACCUGCCCAGCUGCUUCGGUACCUCGCUGGAGACCCUGUGCCACAUAAAGAAGCCCAUCCGGGAGGUCCCCAUCACCAAGCUCAUCGACCUGGAGAAGUCCAGGGUGAGCUUCCUGAUGGUGGACAGUGCCGGCACGGAGGACAAGCCCUUAAAGAUUCCCAAGGAGGUGUGGCUGCUGGUGAACCACCUCUUUACCAUGUCCUGCCAGCAGGAGGACCUGUUCCAGACACCGGGCCUGCAGGAGGAGCUGCAGGGUGUCAUCGACUGCCUGGACACCAGCAUUCCUGACUCCAUCCGUAUCCUUACUCAUAUGUCCCCAGUCAUUCCUGACUCCAUCCCUGGUUGUAACCACUCCGUGGCCGAGGCCCUGUUGAUAUUCCUGGAAGCUCUGCCGGAGCCAGUGGUCUGUUACGAGCACUACCAGCGCAGCCUGGACUGCUCCCAUGACAGCCGCCUCUGCAAACAGUUGAUCUCCCAGCUGCCCCGGGCUCACCGCAACGUCUUCCGCUACCUGAUGGCCUUCCUCAAGGAGCUGCUGAAAUAUGCCCACAACAACAACCUCACUGCCAACCUCAUAGCUACCCUCUUUGCCAGCCUGCUCAUCCGACCCCCGCCCAACAUGGUGGGCCGACAGACAGCGCAGGACCGACAGAGAGCCAUCGACUUCAUUCUGGGCUUCCUCAUGGGAGGGGACGAGGAGUGAGGGUUCAGGGGAUCAGACAGCCUGGACCUUUUGAUUACAGACUGAGGAAUGGGGUUUUGGUGGACACACGGUCCAUGUAUGUGUGUAAGGGACCAUGGUGGAUUGUGUUGUGGGAGAACAAACAGUGCAGUCUUAUCAGACUCUUAUCAAUGCCCCAGCCCCCAGCCUUUUUAGUGCUGUACUUCAGUCACUCACAACCAUCACCAUUAACCAAGUCCCAUAGUUUUCAUCUCUGCUCAUUGUGUGGCUGCAGGACCAGGAGUUUAGGUGUUGGGCAGCUUGGAGUGACAGUGAACAGUCAACUGACUGACGCCCCACUCCCCAGGCAACCCAUGCCCCAUUCAACCCCCACUGAGGACUGUUCCGUGCCCCAUUCAACCCCCACAGAGGACUGUUCCGUGCCCCAUUCAACCCCCACUGAGGACUGUUCCGUGCCCCAUUCAACCCACACUGAGGACUGUUCCGUGCCCCAUUCAACCCACACUGAGGACUGUUCCGUGCCCCAUUCAACCCCCACUGAGGACUGUUCCGUGCCCCAUUCAACCCCACUGAGGACUGUUCCGUGCCCCAUUCAACCCCCACUGAGGACUGUUCCGUGCCCCAUUCAACCCCCACUGAGGACUGUUCCGUGCCCCAUUCAACCCCCACUGAGGACUGUUCCGUGCCCCAUUCAACCCCCACUGAGGACUGUUCCGUGCCAAAACGACUCCCUUUACCUGAUUUGAAUGUGAACUCUGAAUGGAAGUACAAUAUGUAUGUAGGAACCCACAGAUACUAAGAUAAUGAUGAUCUGUUAGUAUGUUACACUAAAGAUACACGUAGAGGGUCGUGCAGAAAAUGUGGAUCCCAUUCUACCUGGUGGAUACUACUCUCAGAGUGAACGAUUCAACCCGUGGGUACAUAGUGAUAUCGGACGCAAGAGACUUCUGGGGAACACAGAGAGACUAAAUGAAUCCUUGCUUGUCCGAAAUACCGACCAAGGAAGUUUGACGUUCCUCUACAAGAUAAUGAUGACAAUCCGGAGCAGUCCUUUCUGGGAUCUGGGAGACAUAUUGGGAGAUGUGCUAGAACUGUCAGCUAUGGUGUAAACAAAUGUUAUUUAUGAUUUAUAUUCUUUCCUUACAUAACUUUGUACCAUCUUUAGAGUUUAUUUCAACUUCAUACUUCUUUUAAGAGACCACAUUUUGGAUAUUGAGCGUUAUCGUGAGUUAGGCUGAUUUCUCCAUUCAAGUACAUUACAACUCUGAACCCAAAUCACACUAACUUGACCUGCUUGUACAGUAUGUGCUAUUCUCUGGGCCAGUUUUUCAGACCCAGAUUCAUCUUAUUGGAGAGUUAACAUUCGCGAUUGAGCAUGCUUUUUUUUGUUGUUCAAGAGUGGUUCAAUGUGGUUGUCUCAUCCAGCUAUCUUAAGAUGAAUACACUAAUUGUAAGUCGCUCUGGAUAAGAGUGUCUGCUACAUGACUAAGAUUAGUUGGCUUUUAGUCUUGAGUCCGGGAAAAACCCUUCCUACAGUGUGCUACAGAACAUAACAAAGACAAACCUACUACGGCAUCGAUGUCUUAACAUUUGUUGCAAACAGUCCCUCUCCUGUCCGCAUUGACCUCUUGUGGGUUUUUUGACUCUGCUGUCACCUCUUAUUAUGGUGGUGCAAACCGUGUGUUCAAUAUGUAUGUAUUGUUUGUUGGUCAUGCAGGUACCAUCGUUUAAAUGCUUGUUUAUAUGUUUAUUUUCUCGCUUCAGCCUCGUCUGCCUCGCUGUCUGCCUUCAUACUGGUUAGAGCCUCAUUGUAUUGGGCCUGUGUGCUCAGGCAGGGGCCUUUCUUGUCACAGUCGAUUCAGACAAUAUAAUGUCCUGUUUUACUGUCUUGAGUUUCAUCUAAAGUAGCACCCUAUACCCUAUAUAAUGCACUACUUUUGACCAGAGAGCGCUGGUCAAACGUAGUGUGCUAUAUAGGGGAAAGGGUGCCAUUUCGGACGUACCCUAAUACCUUUUUCAGUGGCAAAGCAUUUUUUACAGUGCAGGUUGAACAGGAUUUAUAUGUUCAUUACUCUCCGCUGAGACAAAACUGUUUUUUCCCCCCUAAAUGCUGUCGUGGAACGUGUUAUGGUUGUGAAACGAGGAACUCUAAUGCUGUGACAUUUCUACAGUGUUUAUUCCCUUUGUUUUCCACACUGUCGUCUAGUAACGUUGGUAAUAAGGCGUGAAAACAGCUCCUGGCUGGCCUGUUGUGUGACGUUUCCCUCUCUUAUGUCUCCAGUCAACUAAUCUAGCCAGAAAAACCUGUUACUUAGUCAACAGACAUGUACUGUAAUCUAGCCAGAAAAGCUACAGAAAAGGCAUUCAAAGUUUUAAAGUGUUUUUUAAUAUCGCAUGAUUUUGUAGCUAACACAAUGACAGGCUGUUAAUCAAAGCACUUAACAGUUUGGUUGUCUCUCUGUCAGCUCUCACCCAGAGAGGAUUUUGAGUGGUUGGCCCAAGUCGUGUGUGACUUCCGGACUGCAAUCAUCCAUAGAGUACAUUCUAAAAUGGGCCCGAUGCGCUUGCAGCAUUCUUCAGAGUUGUCAUAGACGUAAGCGCUUUGCUUAGCUUUGCCAAACCAUGAUUGGCCCUGGAUGGAUUGGUCCUACCUGUUGUCUCGGACUCUUACCGAGGAGGAACAGUGAAUCUGAGAUUGUCAUCUCAUUCACAACACAAAGCUUUUACAUCAGAGACGAGGUUAUCCCCAGCUGCAGAGAUAUUGUCAGAAUUGAAUAUUCAAAUUGGGAGAUGAGCCCACAUUCAUGUUGUCCUAGCUGUCCCUUCAUCUGUGGUCUGUCUGUGUUUUCAUGUGUUGUCUUUUCCUGCUCUGCACCCCUUCAUACUGUGGCUUUUGUAAUGGUCUGUCUAGUAAUAAUGCUACAUGUGCACAACUGUUUUUGGUAUUUUAUAUUUAUUUAACGGAAAUAAAAUAAUGUAUGAAAAAAACA